CGAGCCGGCUUUUUGACGCGCCGGCGAGAUCAUACAUUCUCUCAGAUUCGGCUUUUCUACGAGCCCAAACAGACCGUCAAUACGAAGGCCACGACCUUCUGGGGUGACUUGGGGAUAAUGGCAAUACCAAUCCAUUGCCACCAGCAUCCUCUUCACCAUGAAGUUCUCCUCGCCCAUCACUUUCUUCCUCUAAGCAGGUGUUGCAAAUUUGAUUAUCUCAAAGGCGGACAUACGCUGACCUGCAUCCUCAACCAGGCGCAAUAUCGGUGCUACUGCACUGGAUCUGGUGGUCCAAACCCUGACACCUUCUCUAACACUUGCUGUGUAACGGGUGAUGGUGUCACUUGUCCGGAUGGUAAAGACCGUAAAGGUACUUGGCUGAACAACGGCGGCCUCUGCGAGUUCAAGUGGCUACCUUUUACCCAGAAUCAAUUCAUCUCUUCCUACGCCGCUUGCUGCAGCAGCACCGGUCCACAGACCGGAAACAAGUAUGGGGGCAACUGCUUCAAGCCCUAG